AUGCAAGCGCCCAUGACAGAAAGAAUACAGCUGAGCAUGGAAAGAAUGAUAUCGGAGCUCGAAUAUUACAAGAAAAGAGGAAUAUUCUCUUCGCACGAGCUCAGAAAAAUCGUUGAAACACGAAAGAUGCACGAGCUUCGACUCCAACGGCCAGAAAAAAAAUUGCUUGACUUUGUGCGGUACAUAAAAAGCGAAUACAUGCUAGAAAAGAUACGAGAUAAGAGAAUGGGCGAAAAGAAUGCAAAUGCAUCGCUUUAUGAUAUGAGCAUCUCAAAGAAAAUCGUGGAGCUGUACAGAAGUGCACUAUACAGAUUUAAUGAUCCAAAGAUAAUCUCGCAAUUUACUGCAUAUGUGAUCGAAAAGAAGAUGUACUGCGAAAUGAAGAAUGUGUUCGCAGAGUGCUGUUCAAAAUCUCCUCUUGAUGUAGAGCUCUGGAUAUACUGUGCAAUGAAACUUUUUGGUGUGGGCGAUCUCGAAAGCUCAAGGGCAAUGUUUCUCAAAGCAAUCCGGAUGAACAGCAAAAACUCAAGAGUCAGAAUAGAAUUUUUCAGGAUGGAGGUAAUCAACAUAACAAACAUCCAGGCAGCAAGCAAAGAAAUGGGAUUCGAAGACGAUGAACGAGACGAUGCCGAAAGAGACGAGCUGGCGCUUGCAGUCCUUCAGGAUUGUGUGGACAAUUCAUUUUUCACUAUCAAUGAGCUUCAAGAGUUACUAAAUAUAUCACAGGAUGUCGAGGGUCUUCAUCAAAAAGCACAAAAGCUUAUCACGCAAUGUGAAUGGCGAAAAAGUAAAUAA